UGUGUGCACGCAUUGCAAAACAUUUGUGUGUGCACGCAUUGCAAAACAUUUGUGUGUGCACGCAUUGCAAAACAUUUGUGUGUGCACGCAUUGCAAAACAUUUGUGUGUGCACGCAUUGCAAAACAUUUGUGUGUGCACGCAUUGCAAAACAUUUGUGUGUGCACGCAUUGCAAAACAUUUGUGUGUGCACGCAUUGCAAAACAUUUGUGUGUGCACGCAUUGCAAAACAUUUGUGUGUGCACGCAUUGCAAAACAUUUGUGUGUGCACGCAUUGCAAAACAUUUGUGUGUGCACGCAUUGCAAAACAUUUGUGUGUGCACGCAUUGCAAAACAUUUGUGUGUGCACGCAUUGCAAAACAUUUGUGUGUGCACGCAUUGCAAAACAUUUGUGUGUGCACGCAUUGCAAAACAUUUGUGUGUGCACGCAUUGCAAAACAUUUGUGUGUGCACGCAUUGCAAAAAGCUUCUUGUGUAUUUAUUGGUAUUAAUAAUAUGAUAUUUAUUGGUAUGUAAAGAGAUUGCUGUGCAAGGAAACUUAAAAUAUUUUCACACAAUGAAAGUGCACACUGAAGACACCGACGACCUUAAUGAACAGUGUUUCAUUAUGGAAGACAAUAAAUAUAAGAGUUAUUGAAAGAAAGAUCAGCUUUGACAUUGUCUUUCCACUGGUGAAGGUUGUGGGAGUCACCUGCCCUUGGCCCACGUCAUUGAUCACAAACUGCCUCACUGCACACUGCAGGAAUUGUGAUAACUGGCCACUUAUAAAAGACUUAUUAGUGCUCCAAGUGUCUUAAAAUAUUUUUGCAAGUCGUGUUUACCUAAAAAAAAUCAACAUGAGUUCUAAAACAAAAGAAAGCUCUUACCGGUGUUCAAAAUGUUUAAAGGACUUGCCAGAUAUAUCUGCUCUAGUAUCUCACAUGAAAACUCAUACAGUAGAGAAAUCAAAUCAAUGUUCAACAUGUUCAAAACAGUUCUCAGAUAAAUCUGAAUUAGAAUUGCACAUGAAAACUCAUGUAGAAGAAAAACAGUUUCAGUGCACCGAGUGUUCAAAAGACUUUUUGGAAAAAUCUGAUUUAGUAGCGCACAUGGAAACACACACACAGGAGAAAUCGCAUAUCUGCUCGAAGUGUAUGGAAGUCUUCUCAGAUAUAUCUGAUUUGAUAACACACAUGAAAACUCAUACACGAGAGAAACCACAUCAGUGUCCAGAGUGUUUAAAAAAAUUCUCUGCUAAAUCUACUCUAUUGUUACACAAGAAAAAACAUAAAGGAGGAAAAGCAUACAAGUGUUCAGAGUGUUUCAAAUACUUCCCAGAUAAAGCUGCUUUGGUAUCGCAUAAGAAAAAGCAUGCAAGUGAGAAAUCACAUCAGUGUUCAGUGUGUUUUAAAGACUUUAAACAGAAAUGUGAUUUAGUAAAGCAUUCAAGAACUCACACAGGAGAAAAACCAUACCAAUGUUUAGUAUGUCUAAAGUUUUUCUCACAAAAACAUGCUUUGGUGUCGCAUAAAAGGACUCAUACUGGAGAAAAACCAUAUCACUGUCCAGAAUGUUCAAAAGAAUUUUCAUAUAAAUCUGGUCUGGUAUCACACAUGAGAAUGCACACAGGAGAGACACCAUACCAGUGUUCAGUAUGUUUAAAAUACUUUUCACAAAAACAUGUUUUGGUAACACACCAGAGAACUCACACAGGAGAAAAACCCUUUCAGUGUCCAGAAUGCUCGAAGGAUUUUACUGAUAAAUCAUAUCUUGUAUCACACAUGAGAACUCACACAGGGGAGAAACCAUAUCAGUGUCCAGAGUGCUUAAAAGAUUUUGCAUAUAAAUCUGGCCUAGUAUCUCACAUGAAAACUCACACAGGAGAGACACCUUAUCAGUGUGCACUGUGUUUCAAAUACUUUUCACAAAAACAUUCACUUGAGAUGCACAAGAGAACUCACACAGGAGAGAAGCCAUAUCAGUGUCCAGAGUGUUUAAAAUUCUUUUCACAAAAGCAUUCUUUGGUGAUGCAUAAGAGAACUCACACAGGUGAGAAGCCAUAUCAAUGUACAGAGUGUUUCAAAUUCUUUUCCCAAAAACAUGUUCUGCUGACACACCAGAAAAUUCACACAGGGGAAAAACCAUUCAAGUGUCCAGAGUGUUCAAAAGAUUUCAUAGAGAAAUCUGCUCUUGUAUCGCACAUGAGAACUCACACACGAGAGAAGCCUUAUCAGUGUCCAGAGUGUUCUAAAGAAUUCUCAUAUAAAUCUGUUCUGGUUUCACAUAUGAGAGCACACACAGGAAAGACACCCUAUCAGUGUUCAGAAUGUUUAAAAUACUUUUCACAAAAGCAUUCUUUGGUGAGACAUGAGAAAACUCACACCACAGAACAGAAACCAAACCCAGCUUCUAUACACACACCCACACUUUCAUACCCCACUCAUUCGCACAUCAACCAGCCAUACCGACCAUGCACCCCACCCAUUCACAUCACCCACCCACAAACUCCGCCCACCCCGACACACACUCCAACCCCUACACACUCGCCCACUCCCACACACUCACCAACCCCUACACACUCGCCUGCCCCCACCCCAUCGUACACACCUACCCCAACCCCUAUACAUACACCAACACCUACACAUAUGCUCACCCCUACACAUGCACCCACCCCUUCACACACACCAACACCCACACACACACCCAAUAACAUACACCCAUCCACCCCAACGCACCAACCCACAUACCCCCACACCCCCACAUACCAACCUACCCACCCACAAGCCCACCUCACAGCACCUAGCCUUGCACACCAUCUGCCCACAACUUCCCACUUGCCCACUCACACUAGUAACCAAUCUGUAACCUACACUAACUGUCACCCUCCUGCUCACAUAAAUCGCCAUCAACUUCCCCCUACCCACACCAGCCUUCAUCCACACCCUCUUAUGCACCCACACCUUUCGGCUCACCAACACCCUUCUCCCCACCCACACCCCUCGACCCACCCACACCCCUCAACCCACCCACAUACCAAUCACUCACAUCCCAAUCACCCACACAGUACCCAUCCUCACAGCACUCACUUACUCUGGUGGCAAGAUAACUCUCACAAUCGAGAAACCAUAUAAAUAUUGCUUUUAAAGCCUUUAAUAAUGUUUUUUUUUUUUAACUCUUUGAGUUGUAUAAUACGUCACGCUUAAAAUUUAAUUAAGCGAUCUUUAAUUUAAGAUCUUUCUUUCAAAUUCAGAAGGGUUGUGGCAGUUAUGCUAUUCACUUGAAAAUAAUUGCUAUCAUUUCCCCAGCAAUAUGGUACUAAUUUCAGAGAUUGCAUGUUUAACUCUUUAUGGCAGCAUCCCAGUAGGAUGCAAAUGUUCAGUUCACCAUAAACAAAUUUGAACUCAGUAUAUUGUACUGUAAUGGAAACUUCAGAAAUCUUCCCAAAAUACAUGAAAUCUGAAAAGUUCAUGUAUUUCAUGUAUAUGUAUUUACAACAUUAGCAGAAAAUGUGGUUUGAUUGCAUUGUUAAUAUUUGCACCAUAUUUAAAAAGAAAAAGUUGCUUUUAUACUGCCCUUAACCCCUCAACUGUGCAUUUUAAACUCCCAUGAGUACACAAGGCUCGCAUCCUCUUCCUCAGACCUUCAGUAAACAGGCUUUGUUUUAGGAAAAAAUGCGAGCAGAAUACCCCCAUUAAAAAGCAGAGGUGCAUUAGGUACUCUGAGAGAGAACUCUUAUCAACAUCAGCGGCCAUGACUGUUCAACAUGCUUCCACUUCACAUAAGGAGCAUAUCUGGCCAACCCCUUACAGUGUUCAAGAGAGAGAACUUGACAAUCACCUCCAAAAAAUAUCUGAUCAACCAGGCUCCGACUCAUACGUCAGCCUGCGAGCAGCCGCAUCCAACAGCCUGUUUGACCAGUCCAGCAACGAGGAUGCCUGGUCGACAACUGGGCAGCGGGGACGCUAAGCCUGAAAUCAUCUCAAGGUAACCUCAAGACUAUCAAGGUAAUUCCUGGAUGUGAGGGACUCGGUACUAAGACAGCAACUAUGAGUAGUGCAGGCAGCAGCAGCUCACAGCCUCGCCGUGUAGCAGCAGCUCACAGCACUGCUGGGCAGCAGCAGCUCACAGCACUGCUGGGCAGCAGCAGCUCACAGCACUGCUGGGCAGCAGCA